AUGAUUGAUCGCGAGAUUUUCGAAAACCUCCAAUCGAAGAUUGACGAGGAGGCAGCUGUUCGAGAUGAGCUGCAUGAAAUCGUACAGAACCUUGCAAGAAAAGGACGAUCUACACAAGCGACCCUUUCCCGGGCUCAUUCUACACCUGCGGACCAAUUGAAGCCGGUUCUUGCAGACGCCACCGAAGAAAUCCUUGCUCAGCGAGAGGAAGUCUCCCGAUUGAAGGCCGUAGCCGACAAGCAUCCGUUUUACAAAUAUAACGGACUCUGGACGCGUGAAUUACAGAAUCUCGUCUCGUCUAUUGAGCUGUGUGCAUGGCUCGGCGGACUCCAGGAGUACAAAUGCUCCAGCUCUGCCUCGUUCCUAACGAUCGAGGAAGUUGGCAAGUUUCUUGAUAUCCCUGUGAACUUGAAAGGAGAGGACGCCUUCCAUCUUACGAUUGAGGAGUAUCUUCUUGCGCUUAUCGCGAUGGUUGAGGAACUGGCCCGUCUUGCUGUCAACUCGGUCACUUUGGGCGAUUUCGACCGGCCCAUGCAGAUUGGGAAUUUCAUCAAAGAUCUCUUUUCCGGGUUCCAAUUGCUGAAUCUGAAGAAUGAUAUUCUGCGGAAACGGAGUGAUGGGAUCAAGUACAGUGUCAAAAAGGUCGAGGACGUGGUUUACGAUCUGUCGCUGCGGAAUUUGAUUCCGAAAGGAACAAGCGCUGCGCAGUAA